GGACAUAACAAUGGCUGAAAUGAGUCCAGGUGAAUGUUGAAAAUUAAGGUAAGCUGCAAUCAUGUCACACAAAUCUCAACUGGAAAACAAAAAAUACAGAAAUUGGGUCCGUGCAGGACUUGGUUUAAAAUAUGUUAAAGAGGGAUUAGAACCAUUCUGCGAACAUCUUGUUAACCAGCAGCAUAUUGCUAUCUUAGAUAAAGUUAAACGGAAACACAAUCUUUCGGCAGUGUCAUGUGGACUUUGCGAUGUACCCACACUCCAGCCGGACCAUCUCCAAACUAAAGAUAGGCAGUGUCCUCUUGGUCAAAAGUACUGUAACUGCCUUCAUUCACGCGGGAAAACAUCUUGUCCGAAUAAUGUAUGUGGUGCAAUCUACGAUGAAAUAAUUCAACUCCAUGCUUUGACUCCUCCUGCCCCAUACUGGAAUAACACAGACGCAAAGAGGUGGUGUACCGAGCCAUGGGCAAUUGCAAGGUGUUUUGUGAAUGCUCCAGGAUAUGAUCAGAAAACAAGAGCAGAUGAAUUUGACUGUCAAGGCUUGCUGCACUUACUGAUGAACAACAUACAAUUUCUACAGCACAUCAAGUGUGUUAUGACUGGGACAGAUGUUUUCUCGAGGGUACGCAAGUCAAGAAACGAUAUAUUUCAUUCUGACAGUAUGGAACUAGAAGGCACAGAGGUUAACAGUUUUAUAGAUGAUAUGAUAGAACUACUGGAAGAUGAAAUCGAAAUUAAACACAGACAAGAAUCUAAAGAUGCUGUCAAAAAUCUGCUAGAGCUAAAGCAGAAUGAUUUCAUAAUAACAACUUCAGACGAGGCCGAAAUCCGUCGUGUUGCCAUGGUUGCAAUUAAAGAGAAGGAAAGAGAACUUGAACAAAAGAUUGUUGACGCAGAAAAUGAGCUAAGACUUACAGCUGCCGUCGGGAAACACGAGCUUGAAGGGAAAAGAUCAGUUAUUAAGUCUGAACUCGGGCAGAUAGAACAGAAUAUCAGGGAAGUUUUGUUGAAGAAAGAAAAUGAAAUAAGAGCUACAACUGCCGAAGGCAAACACGAUAUUGAGGGGAAAAGUUUAGAUAUUAAAUCUGAACUCGAGCAAACAAGACAGAAAAUCAGAGAUGAACUGCUGAAGAAAGAAAACGAAAUAAGAAUUACAGCUGCCGAAAGCAAAAACGAUAUUGAGGGGGAAGGUUUAAAUAUCACAGCUGUACUCAUGCAGACAAGGACGAAAAUCGGAACGGAAUUGAUGAAAAAAGAAGAUGAAAUAAGAACAACGGCUUCCGAGGCCAAACGAAAUAUUGAAAGGAAAAGUUUAGAUAUUAAAUCUGAACUCGAGCAAACAAGACAGAAAAUCAGAGAUGAACUGCUGAAGAAAGAAAACGAAAUAAGAAUUACAGCUGCCGAAAGCAAAAACGAUAUUGAGGGGGAAGGUUUAAAUAUCACAGCUGUACUCAUGCAGACAAGGAAGAAAAUCAGAACGGAAUUGAUGAAAAAAGAAGAUGAAAUAAGAACAACGGCUUCCGAGGCCAAACGAGAUAUUGAAAGGAAAAGUUUAGAUAUUAAAUCUGAACUCGAGCAAACAAGACAGAAAAUCAGAGAUGAACUGCUGAAGAAAGAAAACGAAAUAAGAAUUACAGCUGCCGAAAGCAAAAACGAUAUUGAGGGGGAAGGUUUAAAUAUCACAGCUGUACUCAUGCAGACAAGGAAGAAAAUCAGAACGGAAUUGAUGAAAAAAGAAGAUGAAAUAAGAACAACGGCUUCCGAGGCCAAACGAGAUAUUGAAAGGAAAAGUUUAGUUAUUAAAGCUAUGCUCGAGCAGACAGCAGAGAAACUUGAACAAAAAGGAACCGAAAUCGAACAGCAGGUGACAAUGAAAGGAGUAGAAGCAAAGGAGAAUCUAGAGCAAAAACUCCAAGAAUCAAAAUUGGAGUUAGAGCGUAAAAAUAAAGUUACGUUAGAUAAUUUAGAACACAAAUACCCAUCUCAAUCGGAAUCAAGAAACUCCAAUACGGAUAAGAACUUGCCAGAUGAUUCGAUAACGGAUGAUACACACUCUAGACAAGAAGCUGAGAAUAGCAAGAAGAAAGCAGGAGGAUCAGAAAAAGUGAUUGAUAAAACACCGGACUUCAUGCAAAGACUUUUUAGAAGAUUUUUCAUGCCCAGGGAAAUGAAAGAUUUUCAGAAGAAGCUGGUCAAACGAUAUGAAAACUAUGUCAAAAUUGUAUCUCCAGUGCCCCUACAACCUCAUAGAAAUAAGGGGAAUGUAAGUGAUGUGUAUGUUCCUCCCUGGAUGACAGUAGAAAUAAAGAAUGAAGGGUCUAGUGGGUGGAAAGAAGUCCAGAUUUCUAUGCAUGAAAUAUUCAGAAAUAAGAAAAAGCUCGCAAAAAAUAUCUACGUAAUUGGAGACGCUGGCACGGGGAAAAGCAUGCUAAGUAAAAUGUUAGUGCAUUGCUGGUGUAUUGCUCAUUCGCAUAAAGAAAGCAAUUUGGACAAGUCCUAUAUUCUGACAGUGGAAGAAAUAAAGAGCUUUAAAUUUUUAUUUUAUGUUUCGCUUCGACACUUUUCCGAUUGUGAUAGUAUAGAAAAAAUGUUAGAAAAAUCAUAUUGUGAUCCUGCUCUUGGAGACAUUUUACAGAAUGAAUCUAAAAAAUGUCUUAUUGUCCUUGACGGUCUCGAUGAAUGGACACCAGAAAGUAAACAUGAUUUGCAAUUUCUGACCCCAGGACUUCCAGGACGUGAGCUCGAUGCUGACUAUACCAUUAUAACAACUUCAAGACAGUGGAAAUUUGAUACACUGCAAAUAAGUGAUAGCGAAGUAGAUACAAAAAUUAAACUACGCGGAAUAGAUCUAUAUCAAAUGAAAUGCUUCACUGACAAAACAGUAAAAAUGUUAAAUGACAAUUUUCAACAAAGCAAAAACGCAGAAAAAUGUACAAACGAUCUUAAAAGUAGACGGGUUUCCGAUAUAAGCCACAUACCAUUGAUGUUGCAGCAAUUAAUUUGUCUAUGGUUUGACGAUAAGCUCAAAGAGAAUUCGAAGUAUGCUAUAUACAGUAAUAUGUUAGUCCUCUUUUUCGAAUGGAAUGCGCUUAAGAAAACUUCAAAACAUCAUGAAUGUGAGAUAAUUACACAAACUCGUAUGAACGAUUCACCACUGCCUGACUACUUAUGUGCUUUCAAGACCCUCCGAAGAAACAUCAGUGUUAUACAGUAUCUUUCACAGUUAGCGUUCGAGACCCUGUUUGAUAAGAUCAAAGAAACCUCACUAACGUUCAGUAAUUUAGCACUAGAACGCCUGAACAUACCAAAUGAUGUUAUAAAGAACUGUUUGGACAUAGGUAUUUUAACAGAAGAGCAAAACGUAAGAUUGCUUGCAAGCACACGUCAACAAUCAUUAUUUUCAUUUUUUCAUAAGUCAGUGCAAGAAUACUUUGCCGCAGUGUAUGUCGCUAGUCAGCUCAAAGAAAUGUUGAAGUCGCGGAAAUCAUUUCAAAAGGAUAGCGAUGAUCUUGUAGAUGUCUGCAAAGCGUGCGUUCGAAAAUACUUUAGCAGUUGCGAAACGGUUGUUGAUAUCUUAGAUCAGUCAAAUGUGUUAAUUAUGCUUUGUGGAUUAGAACCACAGCUGCUGACAUAUGUUAGUGAGUAUAUUUAUGACAUAACACUUGUUGACAAAUUGGUAGUUGAGGAAAGAAAUACAUUACCGGAAAAAGUCGUCUCAUUGAAUCAUCAUAAUUUGAUUAAAGAUAUUCAAACGUGCAUUUCUAUAUGCAUUGAAGAAGUUAUGCCAAGUGCGAAAAAUAUUCAGACACCUGUGUAUAUUGCCGAUAUUUACGUUUCCCAUUCAACAGAUUUUCUACGGUAUUGUAAGUAUGUUAUUAUAAACAACGUUCUAUCGAUAGAUAUAGAUAUUCCUCGAGUCUGCAUGAAAGAAACUGAUUCAGUUUAUCUUGCCGUGAAACAUCUUGGAAAAUGUGAUCAAUUGAAGGCAAUACAGUCCAACAGUAGAGAUGACAAGAUUAAUAAUGAAAUCACAAAAAUACUUGAUACAAAUGUUUCCACGCUUGAAACUGUCAGUUUACUACAAACAAACAAGAUAAUCCUAACACAUGUUGUUUCGAUAUUACCGAAAAUGCAACGAUUAACUUCGCUUCAGAUGAAAAGUAUUAAUUUAGACCGUAUUCAACAUGAUGUUUGUUUGUCGUUGUGUACAUACCUGAAUCAGACUACAAGUCUUCAGCAAAUAGCGUUUAAAAUUAAAUGUGAGAAAUACGACGAACACAUGAUAGACCUAUCGAAACAUAAACAACUUCAACAUAUUGAUUUAAUGUUUAGUUCAUUCUGUAUGGUCAGUUGUAACACUGACAGGCUAGAAACAUGUAAGCUUAGUGUAAGAAGCGUUGACAUAAUGAAUCAAGUGUUUAACAUUCUAUAUAAUGCAGAUAAAUUAAAACAUUUUGAGCUGUCGGACUAUUUAUCUGUGUGCUAUAACGAAUCUGUUACUGAAAGUCUUAUCAGACUUCUGCCAUCAUUAGUCAGUCUCAGUACUCUAACGUUACGGGACUUUACUUUUACUGACAAUUUUAUAGCACGUCCGUGUGAUAUGAAGAGUUUAAAAGAAAUAACACUUAGAUAUGUACGAAUGAGACUGACAACGUGGUGCAAGUUUAUAGACAGUCUUCCUGCACUGCCACAAGAAAUAACGGUAAAAACAUCUGUAAUGAAUUUUACAGAUGGGACAAUAUUUGGAAACAGAAUUCGUGAUAAAAAGGAAGCAGCUGCACGCCAGUAUGUUAGAGAGAAAACGAAUAUAUUCCGUGUGACACGUGAUAAAACCUAUCAUUUUAAUUUUACUACAAAGAAUGUGUGACUCUGAAUAUGAAUUUAUCACAACGCAAAUUACGAUCACUUAAGUUGGCAUAAAUGUUGACAGUGUUUCAUGAAAAUAACGUUCAACAUAACUGUAUCAUAUCAAGCCAAGCUUCGUCUUUCUGCUUUUUUUUCCAAAUGCGAAGAAAAGUAUUUAUAUUUGUGAAUAAUCUAUAUGUAUAAUUGCAUUUAACAUAAUCAAUCUACAUUAUAUACAUGUAUACACGAGUAUAAAAAACGCAACACUACAUAUCUUAUAGGAGACUCUUAAAAGCUGAAGUUACACAAAAAUGUCUGCGUGGUAAGGCUCUAGCCAUUUUUUCUACGCUCGUUCUUAUUAAUUAGCUCAAUUAAUUAGAAGCUGUAACAGUUUUCCGUACGACUUUCCAUUCGAUAAGUGUUUCAUUACAUGAUAUCAGAAAUUAAUUUUCAUAGAGCGAGUAUUAAUGUUGAACUGUAAACAGGGCAAUAAAGGUAAAAAAGGUAGGUAAAGGUAAAUUUUAUUUACCGUCGCUUUGUGAAACCGUUUACAUAAGCUCAGUAGAGCUUUUAAGCGACCCUAUUUUAAGAACAGUUAAAACCAAUUAUACCUUACCCCCAGCAAUUUGCUGGUACCCAUUUACAGCUGGGUCGACUGAGGCAAUCGUGAUAAAGUGCCUUGCCCAAGGACACACCGCAAUGAAAGUAGCCAGGAUUCGAACCAGGGGCCUUCACCUCCGUAGGAAAGCGUUUUAUCCCUCUCGACCACUGCGUCAACAUGACGCAAUAACACAAACUAUGGACCGGCGAUUUAUAUAAUAUGUAAAGUGAUAAUCUGACAUGGAUAUUGGAAAAUUUGCUGUAGAUCUAAAGAUUUUUUGAUCUCUACUUUUGUAUCAAAGAAUGCGGAGAAAUGCAACAUUUGAAAGUUAUUUUUCAAAAGACAGUCUUUUACAGCAUUGACAGAUAUGUUACUCCUAUUGAACUGCUUGCCGGUAAACAGCAAAGACUUUUGCCCGAGGUACGUUGAGACAUCAGAAGUUAAUUCAAACCAAAUAAUUUUCCUAGGCUUGAUUUUAGCAACACGAAAUAUGGUGUUGAACUUUUGAUCCGUCAAAUAACAAAAAUCUGGACACUCGAUUUAUAGAAAGAGCAAUGUUAUUGGAGAGUUAGAGAUUUCAACCUUCGCCUUUCCCUUCAACGUCUCUCAUAUAUAUUUGGGGUAAAACGUCACCGAUAUGCGUGUAUUUUAUUUAUAUCAGACGUUGCUACUAAAGUUUUCCAUGUAAUAUCAAGUAGGCCUAAGACUUCUCCUUAUUACUAUGUGAAAUAAAAAGCUUAAUUUCAGGA